CUCGUUUCGUUUGCAUCGGGUAUCAAAUGGUGCUCGAACCGGGGAACACUUCCAGUUCAUCCCUGAUGUGAAGAGGCUGUGUGCUUGACCUCCAUCUCUCUUCCAAAACAAUAUAGAGCGCGACAUGCGUACUAUCACGAGAUUACUCUGGCACGCGUUGCCGCUGCUGCUGUCGGCCGUGUUCGCCGCAGCGGCGAUCGGCAGCUCGCAGCUCGCGACCGACUUCGAGACGGUCCACACCAGCAACGCGGCGAUCCUGAACCGCCUGGGCCUGGCGCCGCUUCAGAUCCCCGACGGACACCACAAGAAACGUCUGGCCGGCCCGGAACCGCCCGGUCUAGGCUCCCAGACGCGAAUCCAUCAGCCGUACAGCCGUCGUCACGGUCAUCGCGACAGCCACGUGUACAUCGUCAAGCUUCCCGCCAGUCCUCCGUAUUACACCAUCACGAAACCGCACAAAUCGGCCAAGGACGAGAAGGUGAUCAAGACGGGACCCAACUUCCCGGUAGGCUUCCAGGGGAACGGCAAGCCCGCCAAGAUCUACCACUGGAAUCUGCCCGUCGUCAAGAAGAUCGGCGAGAAAAAAAGGCUGCAGACGCAGCUGAAGCUCGAGCAGGCCAAGAAGAAACUCGACGACGCGAGCAAGUAUCAGGCGACGAAGAACUUUGCCCAGGACCUUCACCAGACCGACUCGAAGGCUGCUCACGAGACGGUUCCGGAGAACAGGAGAUACUCGAGCGCGGACACCAACAAGAUCACCGUUCGUCAAAAGUCUUCGAGCUCGAAGCACGUCAGGAACAACGACAAGAGGCUCAGCUAUCCCGAGCACGAUCAGAAGAGUGCCGAUUCAGGGAAGAAGAGCGGCAACGGCAACCUAUCGAACAAGACCUACAGGCUGAACGAUUCGGGCGUGCACAGGAUCCACCUGACGAACGAACUUCACGGCUCGAGGAACACGGCGAAGGUGAAGAAACACCGAAAGAAGGCGGCCAUGUCGUACUACGCGCCGAUCGCCGGCAAGUCCGGCUCGACGAGCAUCCACAAGAACUUCCCCGGGAACGGCAAGCCCAAAGCGUUCUACGUGAUGGAGAAGAGCCGCAAGCCAGUCUACUAUCAUCCCUUAUUACCUUAAUUCCUCCGCGGAUCAUUCUGUGGACACACCAUGUGCGUAACAGCGCGUUUUUCCGCGCGUCGACGGCCCGUGAACUUUGUUAGCCUAAGUAGCCGCGAGGGGCCGACCUUCUUGCGUUUCCGUAACACGACGAUCCGGGGAAUCCUUUCGGGGAAGCGAACAUUGGACGGGGCGAGGGAAUCCGAAGGAAGAACUAGGCGGACAGGGAGAGAGAAAGACAGAGACUACGAUCUGUCGGUUGAAUCGUCCUCGCUCGAGGUUACGCGUAUCCUCCAGCAAAGCCGUUCCACUUCCGUUACAGUUGUUAGGAGGGGUUAGUCUUAGGAGAUCGUCGGGAUUUCUCUCUCGCGAAAGGGGAACUUCAAUUUACGGAUGUAGCUUAAGAAACUUUGCAUCGCCUACCGGGUUGCGUUUCGUCAUACGGUAUUCCUUCGUUACCGGCACACUCGCCGGACCCGCGGAAAUCUUUUUCGUACGAUGCCAUUCCCGUGCAACUAUCUCGACAGACGAAACAUCGGACACGACAGUUUAGUAAUCCAACGCGACCGUGUACAACGUUAUACGAGAGCGAGCGAGCCUCCCGGUUUUCGUUUCCCGAAUUUCCGAGCGCGUCGUUGUCCAGAAACGAUUGGAUCGACGCGACGCGACGACAGAGAAGAUAGCAUCCGCUCAAGCGGGGAUCGAUCGAAUCAAAACAGGAUGCAAGGACGAGGAAUAGGCCGGCGAGCAUGUAUCGAGGGAAUACCGUACUCGGUGUUAGGUUCGGGGAAGGGGACGACCUUUGGUGAGCGCUCCCUCGGGGGAUCGCGCAUCGACUGCCGUCCCCGUUGCUACGUUUAACUUGUACAAUAUAUUUUUAUAAGUUUAACAGAUACUUUUCUAUCGUACGAUGUGCCGUUUCGCGCUUGUUGCCAACGAUCCCUCCGACGAUACGGGACGAUACGAGAUGCGAGACGAGACGAGACGAGACGAGACGACGCGAGACGAUAAGAGGGGCCGAGAGGACGAGGGCUAGAGAGCGCACGAGGAAGAGUAAUGGUCCCGUGUCCCGCGGAGCGAUCGUUCACGGGCGAAUUCUUAAGAAAGACUGGACAAUAUAACUUCUUCUCGACAGGAUGUACAUGCCUUUUCUACGUAUAGCCGCGCAAACGAUUUUUACUGGUUCUUUUUGACGACUAAAACUUUUGCAGACCGCGAGAGCAGCAUUUUUUAUAUUCUUAUAUUAUAUAUAAAUAUAUGUAUACACACGUUAUAGGAGGAAGCUCAAUUGUAUCGAACCAUGGCAUUCAGUGUAGCGAAUAAAAACAAAAGGUAUUUAUAGUACUUUGUACGCGCGCGUCUGUUGCCUGCGCGCGGCUCGGCGCGUCCCUCGUCGACACACGCCGUCGGAGAUGGGCUGACCGUCAUCCGAUUCUCUCAUUAAGGAUUACGAGCGUCCUACAGUCGGAUUACCGAUAAGUAUUUAUAAUUACCGAUUAUUCAGUAAUUAUGAUUGUCUAAUAAAAGGGAAUAUCGCUAGUUACUA